GCGCGCGCGCGUGUGCGUUUCCCCGGCCGCCCGCGGGCAAAUGGCUGCUGUGGCUCCUCCUGGGAGGCCCGAGGCAACAGGGGAGGCCUUGGUCGAGUGUGUGUGCGCCUCCGAGUAGGAUCCCGAGUGUCGGGAAGAGGCGCGCGUCCCCGGGGAGAUGAGACUAAUAGGGAUGCCAAAGGAAAAAUAUGAUCCUCCAGAUCCUCGCAAAAUUUAUACCAUCAUGUCAGCAGAGGAGGUAGCCAAUGGGAAAAAAUCUCACUGGGCAGAAUUAGAAAUCUCGGGUAGAGUGCGGAGCUUAAGUACAUCACUUUGGUCAUUGACACACUUGACAGCGCUGCACCUAAAUGACAAUUUUCUUAGUCGCAUUCCACCUGAUAUUGCCAAGCUUCAUAAUCUGGUUUACCUGGAUCUGUCAUCCAAUAAACUCAGAAGUUUACCAGCAGAACUAGGAAACAUGGUGUCUCUCAGGGAAUUGCUUUUAAAUAACAAUAUGUUACGGGUUUUGCCUUAUGAACUUGGUCGGCUCUUCCAGCUACAAACUCUAGGUUUGAAAGGCAAUCCUUUAUCACAGGAUAUUCUCAAUUUGUACCAGGACCCAGAUGGAACCCGAAAGCUACUGAACUUCAUGCUUGACAAUCUUGCAGUUCAUCCAGAGCAGCUUCCUCCGAGGCCAUGGAUUACAUUAAAAGAACGAGACCAAAUUCUGCCAUCAGCAUCAUUCACGGUUAUGUGUUACAAUGUGUUAUGUGAUAAAUACGCCACCCGGCAGCUAUAUGGCUAUUGCCCAUCCUGGGCAUUAAACUGGGAAUACAGGAAAAAGGGAAUUAUGGAAGAAAUUGUUAACUGUGACGCAGAUAUCAUUAGUCUUCAGAGUUUUCCUGUCAUGUUGAUGAUAACUUUUCUUUCAUCUCAGGAAGUGGAAACAGAGCAAUACUUCACUCUCUUUCUGCCAGCAUUAAAGGAGCGUGGAUAUGAUGGAUUUUUUUCUCCAAAGUCACGUGCCAAAAUCAUGUCUGAGCAGGAGAGAAAGCAUGUGGACGGUUGUGCAGUAUUCUUCAAAACAGAAAAAUUUACAUUGGUGCAAAAGCAUACAGUGGAAUUUAAUCAAGUGGCAAUGGCUAAUUCAGAUGGAUCCGAAGCUAUGCUGAACAGAGUGAUGACAAAAGAUAAUAUUGGUGUUGCUGUGGUAUUAGAGGUCCACAAAGAAUUAUUUGGAGCAGUAGGUAUGAAGCCUAUUCAUGCUGCAGACAAACAGCUGCUUAUAGUGGCAAAUGCCCACAUGCAUUGGGACCCAGAGUAUUCUGAUGUGAAACUCAUCCAGACCAUGAUGUUUGUCUCAGAGGUUAAAAACAUUCUGGAGAAAGCCUCUAGUAGGCCUGGCAGCCCAACAGCAGAUCCUAAUUCCAUCCCGCUGGUGCUAUGUGCAGAUCUGAACUCAUUGCCAGAUUCAGGUGUUGUGGAAUAUUUAAGCAACGGAGGAGUAGCUGACAACCAUAAAGACUUCAAGGAACUAAGGUACAAUGAGUGUCUUAUGAACUUCAGCUGCAAUGGGAAGAAUGGAAGCUCAGAAGGGAGAAUCACACAUGGCUUCCAAUUGAAGAGCGCUUAUGAAAAUAACUUGAUGCCUUAUACCAAUUACACCUUUGAUUUCAAAGGCGUAAUUGACUACAUUUUCUAUUCCAAGACUCAUAUGAACGUGCUUGGUGUCCUGGGGCCUUUAGAUCCUCAAUGGCUGGUUGAGAACAACAUCACUGGGUGUCCACACCCACACAUCCCUUCAGACCACUUCUCACUGUUAACUCAACUUGAACUCCACCCUCCACUCCUGCCUCUUGUCAAUGGUGUUCACUUGCCUAAUCGGAGGUAGUGGAGUACUGCCCCGCAAAGACGGGGAUCUAUUGCUAUGGACCUGUACAGUUGUAAAUCAAAGUAUAUAGGAGUGAAGUAUGGCCAUCCUUAAGCUGCUUCUUCAGGUUCCUUUCAUUAUGUGUUUGCUAUAAGACUUUGUACAUUUUUUGUGCAUAUUGGCAUCAUUUGGCACUAGAGCUGGGACCAAAGUAUUACUCUUUCCAAAUUUUUAAUUUAUAACAUGUUUUUAAAAUCGACCUUCUUCAUAUUAUAUUAAGAGUCAACAUUCAUAAUUGAUAAAUCACCAAUUUGAGGCCCAACAGCAGUGUAUUUGUUUUUCCAAAACAAAUAUUUUUCUUUAAAUGGUUUCAAAUGAGCCAACCAUUUUUGUAAAAGGCAAAUUUUAAAAAACGAUGUAAGAUUUUAAACUUAAUGUUAUGCCUUGUAGGGAAAACUUUCUUGAAUUUCUGUUUUCCAUUAUAACAAACUAAUUUUUGGCUCCCAAAGUCAUUUGCACAUUAACAAAGCAUUUACAUUUACUAGAUCUGUACAUAAACUAUGAUAUAGCCUAUAGCCAUAAGAAAAAUUGAGAAAUUAAAGCUGGUUGCACAAUAUGCUUUCAAAAUCAAACAGUUAACUCCACAUGACAGUUUGUUGGGCAAACAUUUUUUUAGAAAUCACUCUGAAUUUUGUUCCCCUUUUAGUUAUAGACUUAUUGGAAGUAUUAAUUUUAAGCCCGACUCUCCAGUUUAUUUAUAGGGAAACAGCAAGUAAUUUUUACUGCCACACAUUUUGAAAAUAGAGUUUUUGGUAUAUUUAGGAAGCCCACAAAAUUAGUGUCUAGUAUUUUUCAUUAUUCUCAUCUACCCUUUUCUGCCUGGUUGUGCUGGAAAAAAAAUGUAUUAUAUGAUAUAUGUCAUUUUUGCUGGUAUAGUCAAAUAUUUAAAAAAUAACUACUGAAUGAAAUGGCCCUGAUCAAAGUUUUAGAAGAUGAAAGCUGUCCAAGUAUUUAAUAUGUUUCCCAAAGUAGGUCAAGUGGCUAUUGGUUUUGGCUUUUGGGGGCAACAAUAGAAAGAAUUUGGGGGAGAAAGAGACAGGGAGUAGUUGAAAACCUUGAAUCAUUUUUCCUGACUCUAGUUGCCAAAUGGCCAUUACAUGCUUUAAAUAUUUGUUUCUGUUGUCUGUCAGGGUUGAAUUAAGAAGCUACUGGUUUAUUCCCAACUCUUGAUGUUCUUUAGAUAUGUUGGAAUCCUUUUUUUUUUUUUUGCCCAUGAGGGGCCAGUUGAAAAUCUAUGACUCGAGGCAGUGAAGAUAAUAUCAUUUUCUGGGGGGGAAAUUGGUUGGCUACUUGAUGUUAAUUAUGGCACAGUAACAGGAAAAGGUUGUGUCUGUGUUUUUAAGUUUUUCUUUAUUCUGCUUUUUUGCUGCUAUAAAAGUUUUCUGAAUUUAUAUUUUAAACUUUUCAUGCACUUUACUGUUUCUAGUCUCAAAAUGUGAUAUUUUUAAUAAACAAGAAAUUUUCCAUUAUGUGAAUGAAAUUUUAAAAUAAAAUAGCCUAUAUUUGUGUCUCACUAAUAUAUAAAGUACAAGUCAAAUUUAAAUUAUUUAAUUAGUUUUAAAUGUAUGCAAUUAGUCUCCUCUUUCAAACCUGACAUCUUAGGCUGUUUUAUUAGUCUUAAAUGAUGCUUUUCUUUUAGUUAUUUCAUACUAAUUUCUUCCAUAGUAAAUCAGGCUAUAGAAUAUAAUAUUUCCCUGAAGGGUAAUUUUAAUGGGAUGAGGGUGGUGGGAUGAUGUGAUACCACAUAUGGGAUUGCUUCAGAAGGUUUCUGUAAAGCCUAAACUCCCUUUUAAAAGUGCCUAGUGAUGAGGCGUUGUUUGUCAUCUAUUAAAAUUGGAAUGUCAUUGUAGUUGAGUGAAGUUUGAUGUAAAUAAAAUAUUCUUUUAAAAAUGUUAAAAUAUCAGAAGAAACAAACACACAAAGAGACAACCCUUAAGAUGACAGAUUUUCCUCAAUGUGCAGGUAUCCCUUCUUAUAUACCUCAAGCAUUCAACAUCUAGCCAUGCAAAUUGAUUACCUGAAGUAUAGUACUGGAAAGUAGAAUAGCAUGAAAAACUUAAUUUUGUGGACAUUGCCUUUUUUUGUAAUCAGCUACUGUAUGUGUUAUUUUAAACCUUUUGUUUUGGGUGGGUUUUCUGCUCUGGAGGUAUAUGCACUAACAAAACAUUUUCCUUCUUUCAUAUACGCAUGUUAAUUAGCAAUGUGAGCAAUAUUUCCUACCAUACUUCACUCCCAAUAUUUUUUGAGAUGUUUGUAUAAAAUGGAAUUUAAAGUUCACUUAUGAUUGUAUAUGAACCACAGAGGAGCCCAUUUAUUAAUAAAAACUUUUUUAAUAGUUAAAUGUAGAGGGAAAAUAAAAUUUGGGAAACAUUGUAAACAGCUUAAGUUUAUUUUGUGUAUGAUCGAGGCACUCUGUUGCAGGAAGGUGUGUAAUUGGGUUCUCUCUGCUUCCAAAUGCACUCUUUCAGACCAUUCAUUAUCCUGUGUAUUUUUAAUGUGGUUUUAAUAAAUGUUGGUAGUAGCUUUGUUGAAGUAGGUAAUUGUGUUAUGUUUUGGGUGGCACACUUUCUUGGGGCAUGGUGACCCAAAUUUCAUGUGCACGGUUUCCCUUCAGCCCACUGCCCAACCUUCACAUAUACCCUUCACCCUCUGUUACCUUUGUAAAAGGAGUGGUAUCUGUUUGAGCUGCCAAUUCAGAUGAUCAGAAAUGCUGCUCUCCUCAGUAUUGUCUUGUUAAAACCCAUGCCAUUUGGAACUUUGGCAGUGACAAGCCAAAAAAGGAAGAGGUGAAUGACAUAUGAUAUAUAUUCAGUGAGAAUAAAAUAUUUAUGCUCAUAUGCUUUCUAGUUCUUAGAAUAAGUUAAUAAGCUCCAUGCCAUUGGGCUGCUGCAUAUUUUAACUGAAGAUAAAGGAAAAUUUGGGCAUUUUUAGAUUGUGCUAAUGUGUUUUUUAACUGUUAAAUAUGAUUUCUGGUAUUUAUCUAAGAACUGGAGUGUUCUUUAAAUUUAUUAAAACAGUGUUGUUUGAGGAAAGGAAAACUGCACUGUUUGCCAUUAUAGCAGCCAUGCAAGUGCAUGCGAAGUCACCCACUUUCUCAGGCAUCAGUAUCCGCCUCAUAGCUUUACACACCGUGAUGGGGAAAAUCGCAGCAUCCUCAGGACUGACAUCUGGGAAAGGCUCAAGUCCCUUACUGCUCCUUGCUUGUUGACUUUGUUUUAAAAUAUUGUGCCUGGUGUCAACUUUUAAGCAACAGCACUGCCUAAAAGCAAGCAGAGAACAGAAUCCCAGCACCAUUCUAUAGGCAACUUUUUAGAAUUCAGAUAUAGUAAAUCUGUUCAAGAUUUAUGAUGUUUUAUGUAAAAAAAAAAAAAUUUUGUACAAUGUAGCUGAAUGUUUUUGUUUUUCAUUUUCUUGAUGUAAGGCGUGUGAACGAUUGUUUGAAUAUCACAUGUUAAAGUCAGGUAUGGCACAAUGGGUUCUGAGACCAGCUUUCCCCCUCCCAUUUGCCUUGUUCCAAACUCUUUGUUUUCAAAUUACUUUUCUGCUAUUCAUAGGCAAAUAUUUAAUUUUGCUAAUAAGCAUCCUGUGUGAGUGUAUUAAAGAAGCUACUGUGUUUUAGUGUUGUAGUUUGCAGAAAUAUAAAGUUUCAUUUCUAAUUUGUCCCUUUUCUUUGGUGUCUUAAAGUUAUAUAUUAAAUGCCAGAGAAGCAAGGAGAAAGUUGAACAAUAUCUGAGGCUUAUAUCACUUGAUUCCAUGGUGGGUUAUAUUAGAAUUGAGGAUGUGGCACAUUAAAACUGGAACACGGGCAAAUGAUUGUGAUCCAUUUAAAAAUUGUAUCUCGUAAGUAUAGUUAAAUGGAUGAAAAUUUAAGUUUGUUGAAUUUCUAAAAGUUUCUAAAAAUCACUAAUGCCAUCUAUACUUUCAAUUUCAAAUAGCAGGGCAUAGAGAAAGCACAAGAAAAAUAUAGGUCAAAUGUGUUCCAUACAACCAGAGACAUAGGUUCAUCAUUUCUAAAUUCAAGGUUAGAUGUUAUAGCAAUGAAAGUCAACUGUGUCCCAAUACUUGUUUCUAAGGUCUUAUAUUCUGAGUUUCUGAGGGAUUUUUAAUAGCUUUGUAAAACACAUUGACUAAUUAGUAGCUUCAGUCCCAGAAAAUAUCAUCAGUUUCUGAUACCUUUGGCAGGCCAUGAAAAUAAUGGUUUAUAGCAAGCAAAGACUUUACAGUACAUUUUCAAAAUAGCAUUCAUCCAUGAUUAUAUUUUGACAGAAAAGUGAAUUUUCACAUUUGUAAGGCAGUCACUUUCCCACCUAUCUUCUUCUUAAAAAAAAAAAAAAAUUCACUUUUCUAUUGUAAAUGUGUGUAAAAAGAUUUGUUUAACCCUUAUUAAUUGUAUCAUUUUUGUAGAACCCUGAAUUAUAGGUAGACAAAUUAACUGGGGAGAUGAGAAUAUUUUUCUAAGCCAGGAACUUCAACUAAAGUUUUAAAGUUGUUUGAAUCACAGAAAAGAAAUUUUAUACUAUGUUUGCUUUGAAUGAUUCACCAAAUUUGAAUUCAAGCAUAAAUAAAUUAGUACAUCUAUACCUUGGCUUAUUUACCAAAGUUGUACUCUGUUUAAGAACAGGAUGCCAAGAGCAUCUUUCAUUUUACAGAAUAUGUAAAUCUUUAUUAUGUAAUGUCACUUAAAGCUUAAAGGUACAGAGAAAACUCUUCUACCUAUACUGCAGGAUGUUCUGAAUAAGAUCCACAGAAAGAAAGGGGGGGAAAAUUCAAACAUUUCUUUUUAAGAAGGUGGUAAGGGGGUACAUGCAUGUUUCUUGUUUUAACCAAAUACCCUCCUUAUGCAAGUUUCUUUCUUAAACCACAGGUCCUACAGCCAGAAAGAGGGAGACACCAGGAAAAGCAAGCUUUAUUAACCUAGUUAGUUUUUUGUUUGUUUGUUUUUUGCAUAAGUUUGGUUAGACUUGGGUUAUUCUUGGAACCAAAGGAAAACAAGCAUGUUGAGCUUUUAUUCAACAAAGAUUAUGCUAUUGAAACAAUGGAAGUUUUUAAGUAAAAUAGUGCUUACUUUCAAAGCAUAUGAAAUAAGGACAUUUCUGCCUAUUAAAUGUUAAUUUUUAUGGAACAUAAGUAUAAAUUCAGCAUUAUAUUGAAAUUAAGUUGUGUCAUCAUAAAUCAUAUUAUGAAAAGCAUAUGCAAAUGCCAAUGAUAUUCUUUUGGCCUUGGUACAUUCAGCUUUCAUAAACUUUCAGAAGACAUAGUUUAGUUAUUUUUUUAUACCAAUCUCCCUGAAUUUAGAUAAUUUCCCUGUUGGUAUAUCUGUUACUUUUAACUCUGAAGCAUAAAAAGUGGUCCUUUCUUGCUCAUUUCAGUUUUGUGUUAAUUUCUAAUUACUGGUAUAUGACUGUUUCUUUCAAGCUAUCAGUGGUUAUAUGUACCACAUUUGUUUAACUAGUUGUCUUAGCUCACAUGAUUGGCUCAGUGCUGAUGUGUCAAAUAAUGGCUUUGCUUCUUACUGAAUAAGCUUAGUUUCCUGCUACUCGUUUCAAUCUUGAUGCAGUAAGUGAUACAAUAGUCUGGGUGUGUAUGCAGAAACUGUACUGUCCUUUCUCUGCUUAACUUGCUAAAAAUAUAUUCCCUUACCUGUGAAAUUCCUGAGCGGUGCUCUGCCAACCUUUGGAGGAGGCUUUGGAUGGCUGUGUUGCUGCACACUGGAUCUGAAAUUGUUGUGGCAAAUUUCUUAAACACCAGCAGCACUGAGAAGUGCACUAUGGGCAUUUGUACAGCUGUCCAAAUGCAAGCAAUCCUUUCAUCUAGGAGAAGCUAAGGAAUAGAGUUUAUUGGAGCACUUGGAAUAUUUCGAGGAAGAUGAACAUUUCAACUUUGCAUUUAUCUCUAGUGGGGUGGUGUGAAUGGAGUCUGUUUUAAGACAAAGAGUGUACAUAUGUACUUUUUCUCUCUGAAAGGACCAAGCGUUGGUCACAUUCACCAUGGAUUAAUUUGUAUUUUAUAUUGUGAUUUCUGUUGACUAUAAAACAAGUGCCAACUCAUUGUCCAUGAGAUGACCUCUUUGACUCAGUUUACCAUUUGAAUUGGGAAGGGUUCAUUUAUUUUCAGUACUUGGCAUUAAAUUGAUUGUUUUGCAUACAUUUGAGUCAUUCUGUGGCCUAUAAAGUGUUUUUGUAACUCAAUUAAUGGUUGAAAGCAAAGCACAUGAGUUUAAAACUGAGCAAGUUGUUUUUGUAUUUUCCCCUUCUUGAAUACUUGGUAGUUUCUAUUGAUACUAUUCCAGAACAAAUCUGUUUUAUGUUGCAUAUUUAUUUUGCUUUUGUUCUAAAAAAAAAAAAAAAAAAGUCUAGCACUAAAUUAAUUUGUUAUUGUAUUCUAAUCAGUUUAAAAAUCUAAGAUUUUCUUUUCUUAAAAUUAGAUUUAAUGAAGUGCCAUGUAAUUGUAGCUUACUAGUGUUUAAUGUUUAAUAGAUUGGUUAUGUAGUGUUCUAAUCAUUUAACACUGUCAUCCCUGGAGAAAGUGGUUCUAUUCUUAUUGAACACAUUCUCCUUGACAAAAUCACCAGCUGAUUUAUUUUUCUAUUUAUUACAGUUAAACAGUUGAUGAGGUCUGAAUCUUGACCAAGCUGCUCAGCUGAGAUGUUUUUCACAAUAGACACUGUACAAAAUGUGUGUGCAAAAGGACACAGUUGGGUGGUAGUAUUUUUUCAUUAAUGUGAACAUUGACUAAACAAAGCAGUCCUGCCUUUUAAAUCCGUGGCAGCUCAGAAGGGAGGUGCUUAAGAACCUUAACUAUUAUGUCAGAUGACAAAAUACUUUUUUCCAUUUUGGAGAUUGGGUACUGCUCACACAUGAUGUAUAGGGCUAAAUAUAUGCUUGUUUCCUUGCACCUGUGUACUUCCCUUCUCUCCCUCACUUUUCUUUCCCUGUAGGCAAUAAAUGGCCAUUUUGCAACUGCA